GUUAUACUGCGGUGGGAGGUGUGACCGUCAGAAGUGGGAGACCCUCUACUUAGGAGCCAGUUUCACGUUUAGGCAGUCAAUUCUUGGCCAGUGCCGUUACAAGAACUAAGUCGGGCGCGUCUACUUUCAAGUUUCACCGUGCGCCGUUGUUUUUCUCUUCCAGUAGUUUCUCAUUUUUUAAAUUAUUUUGUUAUUAAUCCCCUUCCAAUAAAGUAAAUCGAACCUCGACGCUUUCUUUGUGGUGCCGGCUGUGUUGUACUCUUUGUAUUCGCUGUACUGCUGUGAAGUGCUAAGAAAAGAAAACAACAAUUGAAUGGGUUCAUUACGUACUCCAUCUGCAGAAACGUUUCCAAGGCAAGAGAAAAAUGGGAAAUGCAUACCGAAACUUUUGAAUCAUUUUGGUCAAAUGUUCUCGCGCUCAGCUUGCCCCAGUGAAAAGCGUAACAGCCGAGCGACAAGUCAAUUAGUUAAUGGCAUUGAAUGUGAACCAUUGCGCCAAGGAGAAGCAGAGAGGCAGGACGAUGCGUACAAGGAUAUAGAUGAAACAACAAUCCAACAAAGUCAACGUUCACAAUGGAUGAACAAAGGUUUCAUUGUAGCUUUACUACUUGCAGUUUUAAGUUUAGGAAUAAAUUAUGUAAUGUGGUUUACUAAUGCAUAUGAUAAUGCUGUGCUAAAGUUGAUUUCCAUCAGAAACGAUAUUGAUACAGUAUUUGAAAUGUGGAAAAUGCCACCGACUAAAACUCAUUUGUCAGUUUAUAUUUUCAAUUAUACAAACCACGAGGCGUGGUUGAAAGGGGACGAUAAAGUACCACAUGUCAAAGAAAUAGGACCACUAGUUUUUAGGGAACAAAUGGAGAGGAUAAACAUCCAUUUCAACGAUAAUCAUACUGUAUCAUAUCAAGAGAAAAAAACAAUUACCUUUGUGCCUGAAUUGACACCUAUUCCAUUAAAUACAACAAUUUGGGUGCCAAAUGUUCUUUUUAUCGCUCUUAUGAAAUUAAGAUUCCAGAAUUAUGCUUUUUAUAUGGAACAAAAGGUUUUACAACAAUUUUUUGAUAAUGAUAUGAAGCUAUUUAAAAAUAUCACACUCAACCAAGUAAUCUGGGGUUUUGAAGAUGAUUUAUUAAAUUUUGGCACAAAGUUUUUCAGUCCUGGUGCUAAACCGCCUAUGUAUGGAUUUCUUGCCAAAAGGCAAGGAGAGCACAGUGAUAUUCUAACAAUGAAAACUGGUCAUGAUGAUCUUUCAACGAUAGGCUCUUUCACUCGCUGGAAUGGUAAAAAAAAUAUUGGUGCUUGGGGUAACACUGAAUGUGAUGAAAUUGAAGGCAGCGAUGGAACCAUAUUCCCGGCUAAUUUGGUCAAGGAAAAGAAACCACUUCACGUCUUUCUCCAUGACAUGUGUCGAACAUUGCCCAUUUUCUUCAAUAAAUCGACCACGAGUGUAGAUGGUUUUCCAGUUCAUCAAUAUAAUGUCCAUGAGGAAAUGUUCAAUUAUCAAAGGGAAGAAUACAGUUGUUUCAAGAGAGACGGAAAACACGCGCCAGAUGGUGUAUUUAACACAGCACCAUGCCACAAAGAUAUACCUUUAUAUGCUUCGUUUCCCCAUUUUUGGAAAGGCGGCGAUAUAAUAAAAAAUCAUAUUGUUGGUUUACAUCCAGAUGCACAAAAACACAGGUCAUAUUUCCAAAUUCACAAGGAUCUUGGGAUUUGCCUGCUUGCAAAAAUGAGAUUUCAAUUAAAUAUAAAAUUCGAAAAAUAUAUAUACAUGCAAUUUUCUGAAAAAGUGAGUCAGAAUGAAAUAAUUCUUCCAUUUGGAUGGCUUGAUUUUGACUCAGGAGAACUCCCGGAGAAUUUUGUCAACGUUCUAUAUCAUUUAACAUUCACUGUAAAAACGGUUAAGGAAAUUUUAAAAUAUACUUUUUUACUUUUAUUUACAUUGUCUCUAGCUUUUGUCGGUGUGUUCAUUACAAAAAAUGUUAGAAGAAAUGCGGAAUACCAACUUCACACGAAAAACUUCUUUAACAAGUACGCAUGUGUUGAUUAAAAUCGAUAAUGUAAUAACGUAUGUCAUCGUGAUAUACAAAGUUUAGACUGCUUGUUGUUUUCCUAUAGAACGAUUUUAUUUCUUUCUUUUCGUAGCCAAAGUCAAUAAUUGUACAUAUAAACUAAAUGUGAGUCAUUCAAGAAAUGUGGCAUUAACUUCCAAAUAUUGUCUAAUUUAGACUUGUUCACACUCAUUCAAAUGGAUUUAACACAGUUAUUUACCACUCGUGAUCUUGUGUCUUAGAAUUUAAUAUAAUUUUCUGUUGUGUGUAUAAUGUAUAAACAAGAUUGUCAUACUAUUAGUGAUAUGUUAAAUUACUACUAAUAAUUGAUGUAUGGUUUAAUGAAUGUAUUAAAAAAAAACUUUCCCAUUUAAAUCUUAUUUGUGGACAGUCUAUGUGUAUUGUGAUGUAAUUGUGUAAUUGUACAUUUUCAAGUCAAUAAUGCAUAUUUAUCUAGUUAUAUUAUUAAAGGUUAGCUAAGUUGUAGUUGAAACAGCCAUGAGGAUAGUGUAUACUUUAUAUCAGGUUUUGAACAUUCCAAAAAAAA